CUCGCGUCCAAACUUAACCGUUUGAGAGUAAAAGCGAUCAUGGGUUUUUCUUCUAGAAAUUUGUAUGCAGGAAUAGGUGAAGGGCAAUCAACCACACGGCCACCUCUUUUUGAUGGAACCAAUUAUACAUAUUGGAAAGAACGAAUGAGAAUCUAUAUUCGUUCCACAAACUUCCAAUUAUGGUUGGUUAUCAAAAACGGGGAAGAGGUGCCGAUGAAGAAAGUUGGUGACAAGUUGAUCCCCAAGAUCGAAGACGAGUUUGAUGCUGAGGACAUCAAAAAGGUCGAGAAUUAUGCAAAGGCAAUAAACAUGCUUUAUUGUUCCGUAAAUCCUGAUGACUACCGCAAGAUCUCCUGCUGCACAACUGCCAAGGAGAUGUGGGAUAAGCUCGAGGAGCACGAGAAGAUUGACGACAUGUUCGACCGAUUUUACAAAAUAGUCAACGAUCUUCAUGCAUUAAAGAAGACUUACACCGACAAGGAUCUUGUGCGAAAGAUCCUACGGAGCUUGACAUCCGAAAGGCGAUCCAAGGCCGAUGCCAUCUAUGAAUCAAUCGGCACAUCAAAUGUCACCAUCGACGGUCUAAGAGGUAAUCUAAAAACCUAUAAAUCUACUAUUGUUAACCCGUCUUUGAAUGACCAAAAGAAAGGGAUAGCAUUAAAAGACGUCAAAGAAUCAACGAUGGAUGAUUCAAGCGACGAUGAUGAAGUCAAGCUUGUCAUGAAGAAGUUUUGUAAACUUCUACGGAAGAAAGAAAAGGUUGAGGAUGGCCCUGUGUGCUAUGGAUGUGGUGAAGCCGGGCACAUCAAGAACAAAUGCCCGAAAAGCGGAAGGAAUGCUCGGCACUUCAAAAGGCAAAGGGCA